AUGCCACCUCCACGCAACCUCCACGCCACCUACACGCCACCUCCACGCCACCUCCACGCCACCUCCACGCCAACAUACGCCACCUCCACGCCACCUCCACGCCACCUCCACGCCACCCCCAGGCAACCUCCACGCAACCUCCACGCCACCUCCAUGCCACCUCCACGCCACCUCCACGCCAACAUACGCCACCUCAACGCCACCUCCACGCCACCUCAACGCCACCUCUAUGCCACCUCCACGCCACCUCCACGCCAACAUACGCCACCUCAACGCCACCUCAACGCCACCUCCACGCCACCUCAACGCCACCUCCACGCCACCUCCACGCCACCUCCACGCAACCUCCAUGCAACCUCCACGCCACCUCCAUGCCACCUCCACGCCACCUCCACGCCAACAUACGCCACCUCAACGCCACCUCCACGCCACCUCAACGCCACCUCUAUGCCACCUCCACGCCACCUCCACGCCACCUCCACGCCACCUCCACGCCACCUCCACGCCACCUCCACGCCACCUCCACGCAACCUCCAGGAAUAA